AUGGAACAAAAUUGCACUAAGAAAGAUCUUAAAGUGCUCCAACGGCAGAUUUUGUAUGGACUGUUCCAACAGAAUGUGGAACUGACAGACUGUGACCAAGGUCGAGGAAUGAUCUGGUCGCUUUGCAAAAAGCAUCCCAGUCGGCCUUUAUUUCUUUACAUUGACAACGGUCUUAAAAAUACAGAUCUCAAGCAACUUCUGCCUGAAGACUUGGGCAGUUGCCUUCCACCCAGAAGCAGAAUACUUGUCACGACUAGAAACCUCCAUGAGACAGACAUAUUCAACGCCAGGAAUAUUCAACGCCAACAAUAUCGUGUCAGUUCUCUUCCACAAACACAGGCCAGAAAGAUUUUAUUGAAGAAAGCUGCUGAUUACAAUGAUGAAAAGAAUAUUCACGACCUUCUUGAGCUGUGUGGUGGUGUUCCGCUUCUGCUGGAAAUAGCUGGUUCACAGCUGGCCAUAACUAGCAGAAAUACAAUUAAUAUAGUAUUAGAGUUGCUUAGAGAAGGGGAGAAGGUGGAAGAGGACGAUAUCAGUGACCGUAUGGUUGAUUUUGUUUACCACAGAUUAUUACCACCUGUGAAAGAGGCUUUUCUGGAUAUCACAUCCUUCUUUCAUGAUUGGCCAACUCAAAAAGUGACCUACAUAGUUGGAGAGGAGGAAUUCAGAGCUCUAGAAGAUGCUUCAUUCAUACAAAAUUCUCAAAUGGGUACAGUGAUUGUUCAUGACAUAGUUCGAGCAAGAGGAAAAAAGAUGUCAGAACAAAACAGAAUCAGGGAUCCCGAGACUUUAUUAAAAUGCUUGGAAGAUGGAGAGAAACUUAAAAAUUUAAAAGGCAUCCUUUUAUAUGAAAAGUAUGAGCAGCCUCCAAUCGAAAUCAAUGAAAAUCAUCUAAAUUGCAUGAGCAAUUCCUUAAGAGUGCUAUCUUAUGAAGGAUCCCAAAUAAUAUUCAGGGGGAAAUGUAAGAAGCCAUUUAAACAACUCAGAAACCUUGGAAUUCCUAGUAAUGUUGCUAAUUUACCAAUGGAGUUUGAGAAACUUGGGCGACUUGCCAGGUACAGAGGCCCAUUCACGCAAGGCAUGAGUUUGUAUGAGCUUCCUCCAAGCCUGCUCGCUUUGCACUUUACAGGUUCUUCUGAGAAUGCAGUUGAAAAUUCAAAACUACCAACUGAGAUCACUCUAGCUUCUUCGGUUGUAAAAUUAGGCUUUUCUGAUUUGAAAAAUAUGCGAAGACUACCAGAUGGAUUGGAAAAGCUAUCAAAGUUACAGGAAUUAUAUUUAAUUGAUUGCCAUCAGUUGAGAGAACUUCCUUCCAAAUUGGGGGAUCUCAGCAAUCUACAAAGGUUGUGGCUAGAUCAGUGCCAUGAAUUGAAAGAGUUGCCUUCAGAUUUUGGGCAGCUUAGCAAUUUGACAUCAAUAUAUUUAAGCGGCUGCUCUGCAUUAUGUGUAUUGCCUUCCAGCUUUGCACAUCUCAUUUCCCUAAAACAGUUGUACUUAGAUUAUUGUACAGGCUUGAAAAAGUUGCCUUCAAACUUUGGACAACUCCAAAAUUUGGAAGAGUUAGAUUUGAGCCACUGUUCUGCGUUAGAAGAAUGGCCAUUAAGCUUCAGAGAUCUCACAAAGAUGAAGAAGAUGGUUUUGGUAGGUUGUCCUAUGAAGUUAAAAGAAUCAUUACCUUAUAAUAUAAGUAAUUGUUCUAUUGUAUUUCAUUAA